CAGCCAGCCAUGUCCAUGUUGCCGUCGUUUGGUUUUACGCAGGAGCAAGUGGCGUGCGUGUGCGAGGUUCUGCAGCAGGGAGGGAACCUGGAACGCCUGGGAAGGUUCUUGUGGUCUCUGCCAGCCUGCGACCACCUGCACAAGAACGAGAGCGUGCUCAAGGCCAAGGCGGUGGUGGCUUUCCACCGGGGCAACUUCCGCGAGCUCUACAAGAUCCUGGAGAGUCACCAGUUCUCGCCGCACAACCACCCGAAACUGCAGCAGCUCUGGCUGAAAGCGCACUACGUGGAAGCCGAGAAGCUCCGCGGCCGACCCCUGGGCGCCGUGGGCAAGUAUCGCGUGCGCCGAAAAUUCCCGCUGCCCCGCACCAUCUGGGACGGCGAGGAGACCAGCUACUGCUUCAAGGAGAAGUCUCGGGGCGUGCUGCGGGAAUGGUACGCGCACAACCCCUACCCGUCGCCGAGGGAGAAGCGGGAACUGGCCGAGGCCACCGGCCUCACCACCACCCAGGUCAGCAACUGGUUUAAGAACCGGAGGCAAAGAGACCGGGCCGCCGAGGCCAAGGAAAGGGAGAACACUGAAAACAAUAACUCCUCCUCCAACAAGCAGAAUCAACUCUCUCCUCUGGAAGGGGGCAAGCCGCUCAUGUCCAGCUCAGAAGAGGAAUUCUCACCUCCCCAAAGUCCAGACCAGAACUCGGUCCUUCUGCUGCAGGGCAAUAUGGGCCACACCAGGAGCUCAAACUAUUCUCUCCCUGGCCUAGCGGCCUCACAGCCCAGCCACGGCCUGCAGGCUCAUCCGCACCAGCUCCAGGACUCUCUGCUCGGCCCCCUCACCUCCAGUCUGGUGGACUUGGGUUCCUAAGUGGGGAGGGGAUUGGGGCCUUGAAGAGAUGGCUGGAGCAGCAACCAACCGCACCAACUAGGGGCACUUGUAAAUAGAAAUCAGGAACAAUUUUUUUUUUUGCAUAUUGUUUCUGGGGUUCUUGCGCAUAAAGGAAUGAUGGGCUUUCACAGUUAUCUUAAAAAAAAUCAAACCCAACAGCGACCUCAAUUUCGAGCAUAGUCUCCCUGCUCUCUUCGACCCUGUCCAAGGUUGCAUUUUCCUCCCACAAAGGAGAACAGGGGGGAAAAAAAUAAGAACCCAAACAAAAACACCCAGUCACCGUUCUGGAUACCUGCUUCAGACUUUCUUCCUCCUCUUCUUCUUCUUCUCCUUCUCCUUCUCCUCCUCCUUCUUCUUCUUCUUUUUUUUUUCUUUUAAGUGAGUGGGAAUUACAGAUCAACUGGAUUUUAAUUGUUUCCUUUUAAUUUAUUUACGGGCAAGUAGUUUUGGGAAGAGGAAAAGGAAAUGAAGAGAGAGCGAGAGAGCUAUCCAAUGAGUUAUCAAAGCAGUAGAAGCCUCCAACCUGGGAAAAGCUGGGUGCAUUCUUAAGAAGAAUAGGAAAAAUAUGAUCACACCUUUUUGAUGGGAAAAAUUAAGUUUACAUUUUUCAUAUUUAGUGUUAAAUAAUUUUAUGUAGAUUGAAAUAAAAGAACAGUAUUCGUGGGAAAAACAAGUGCCUAAAUGUCUUAAUGCUCCCUAUGUGAGGCCGUUAGAAAUAGAAGGGACAUUAGUAAUACAACUAUUUUUGUCAAAUUUAGUGGGGUUUUUUUGGUUGU